UUCAUUUAAAGCUGGGAAAACUUUACCGGGUAUUGCCCGUAAAACAAAAGCAUAAAAACCCUAGGCUAGGGUUUUCUGCCGAGAGGGAACGAAAAUGGUAACUUUGGAGUCCGAGCACCCGGUCAUCUUCAACAAAGGCACCGAAAUUGAAGUCACGAGCGACGAGGAGGGUUUCAGAGGCGCUUGGUACCGAGCUACCAUUGUUGAGUCCCCACCAAAAUCUGUUUCUAAGAAACGCAAGAAAGCCCUCGUCGAGUACAGGUACUUGCUUGCUGAUGAUGGAUCCAGUCCCUUAACGGAGUACAUUGACCCCGCUUAUAUAAGGCCUUUGCCUCCCCAAGAAAGGACUGAGAAGGAGCUCUUUGAGGUAAACGACGUCGUCGAUGCAAAUUACCGAGAUGGAUGGUGGACUGGUACUGUAAGGAAGGUUCUUGACGACGGUAAACUCAAGGUUUGUUUUGAUAACCCACCUGAUGUUCUUGAUUUUGAAGAGAAAGAUUUGAGAUUUCAUUGGGAUUGGGUUAACGGUAACUGGGUCCGACCCCAAAAGCAGUUUUAUUUCUUAAAGCAAUCAACAGGAUCCAUUUUUAGCCCGGGGAUAGCAGUAGAAGUUAAUCUUGACAAAGUAGAAAACACACGUGAUGUCUGGAUCCCUGCAAUCAUCAUUAAAGAAAACGAGGAUGGCACUUUCUUUGUGAAGUAUGAAAACAAAAUGACUGGUGAUGAUGCUGGAACAGUAAAAGUUAAUCUGGAUUCCAAUCGUAUCCGACCUACCCCUCCUCCCCAUGUGGACAGAAAUUAUAAAUUACUGGAAAAAGUUGAUACAUCCUAUGGUCCUGGUUGGCGGGUUGGAGUAAUUACUAAAGUUCUUGCUGGGGGAAGGUACAAUGUCUUUUUUGAGCAUGCAAAUGAGGAUAAAGAGUUUAGUCUUUCAGAAUUAAGGCCCCAUUUGGAAUGGACUGAUGGCAACUGGAUUAGUAAAUCCAAGGAAAUCUUGAUAGCUUCUGGUAAUCAAGAACAGGUGGGGCAUGCAUGCACUGGUGCCAACAACGCUGGGGUAGCUUUGAAAUUUGAAGGUUCAGGCUCUGCAAAGGAUAACAGUGAAGAUAAAACACCUAAUUUUACCAACAGAAGAAAUAAUCAGAUGGAGCAGUCAAGUUCCUGCCAAGAAGAUGCUACAUCUUAUUCCUUUCCUCCAAGCAAGAAGAAGCUUAAGCUGUCUAACUCUAACGGUACUAUCAUGCGAUCACGUCCUUACAAAAAGUUGACCGAAAGAAAUGUUUCAGAGACCUCAUCUUUUAUAAAGAAGAUUCCGAAUGAAACUGAGGACUCACAAUCUGAUUUGGUCUCUGAAAAGGCAGAAAGCACAGGAUCCAGGCGCUUGAAGAAACCCGUGAUUGCUGAUCAGCCUCCUGCUAAAAUCGAGAGUCCUUAUCUCGGAAAGAGAAUUAAGACUAAGCAACAGAAAUUUGGAGCGGACUUCCAAACAGUGGAUCUUGUGAAAAGGAAGGGAAGGCCGACAAAAUUACAAGUUAAAAUGCCACCAGCUGCAGCAACUGGUGAGGAGACCAAUACAGGGGUGGCUACUACUGAAGAACUGAAUGAAAAUGAUGGUAAAGAGAAAGAAGUUGAAAUGCCUGUCAUCUUAGGUUUAAAAGCUAAUAAGGGUGUAAGGGGCACACAGGCUAGAAAUCCUGGUCAGAAUUCCAAGAAUGGAUCACUGAAGCUAAUUAGGGACCAGAAGAAAAUUUUAAAUGAUUCAGAAGGAGACAACAGCAUGCAGCCAAGAGUUGGAGGAAGCAGCCAAAGAAGAAAAAGAGGAAGACCACGUAAAUUAGUAGUCACAAGCAGGGCUCCAGAAGACGGCUCUGCAGGUAAGGAUCACAAAAGGGCUGGAAUUGCUGCUGAUGAAACUGGAGUAAAAGAUCAUACAACUAAUGAAACUGAGUUGCAUGCACUUAGAAGGGUGGAGUCUGCAGUUUCUCGAGAUAUCUCUGGAGAAAGAGUAGCUCAAGUUUCAGAGAUUGAUUCCGUAACAAAAGAAGUUGAUAUGGCCAUUGCUGUAGUAUCCCACAACUCGGCUGAUGAUGAUCAACCUCUAUCAACUUGGAUUGGAGGAAUGCACUCUUCAAGUGUUGAAGAAUUAAGAUUAUCCUCCGGUAGAACUGCUAAUGGAUUGAAUGAGGCUAGAGAAAGACAGAUUGAUAUAGUCACUGAAUCCACACCAGUAGAAAAUAAAGUGUUGCCGUUUGUGAAGAAGUCACCUAUUUGGAAUACAAUUGAAUCCAUGGAAGUUUUCCAAAUAGUGCCCCAAAAUCCACAUUUUCAUCCUUUAGGUGAAACUAAAGAGGAGUAUCGUGAAGGAUCAGCUAUUGGUAUUAUGGUAACUUUUGCCGGUUUGUUUGAGAAGAUCUCCAUGUUGCAACUGAAUGAUUCUAGAAGAACAUUUUAUAGCACUUUGGAAAGUCUUGUGGAUUUAGAGAAGCAUGGAUUUGAUGUUACAGUUCUACGAGCUCGUGUGAAUGCAUUGCUUUCAGUCAGGGUUGCGCAAGAACAAAAUGUCAAUGAAUUAAAAGAUACUGAAAAGAAGAUAAUAGAGCUUACUAGUGACAAUACGAAGUUAGAUAAAGAAGUAGAGGAGACCAAAAAGAAGAUAAGUGAGUUGCAGGACAAACUGGAGUCGACAGAAUCAAAAAAGGAGAUACAGGUUGUCGAGAUUUCUAGGUUGCAGUCUCAUCUUGAUGGCAUGAGCGAACGAGUCCAAAGUGCCCAGCAUGAUUUUGAAAAACUAGCUACUGCUCUUUGGAUAUCGGGUUGAUGUUGUGGUAAUGGGUGUUGGUGUUAGGUUUUUGAAGCAUAGAUGAUGGUAGUUAAUUUCUUCUGCAUCUGUAGGGGCUGUAAUAAUGGAAUUAUGUAUAUUUUGAACUCUUAGCUGUGUAUCACUUGUAUCCACACUUAUCUAUUUUGUACCUAGGUUUUAGAAUGUUAUGAAUGGCUACUGUUUUUAGUGAUGAA